GCAUGCUCGUCUGAUCGAAGAAGACAAGAUGGCGGAGAAACAAAAAAUCUCCGUCGUCUGUCGGUAAAUUGUUCUAUUUUAGCGAGGAUGUGGGCUUCAGCGGUGGUAGUCUAGCAUAGGGAUCCAGAGAAAACAUGGUGCUAAGGAUCUUCCAUACAUUUUUGGCGAUUUCGGUGGCGAUCUUCGUCAGAAAUUGCGGAGGUGAGCCUCAGUCUCAGCCUGCUGUGUCGGUGACAGUCAGCGAGGUCACGACCUCCACAGCCGUGCUGUCCUGGGUCGCGCACAGCGCAGAGGUCACCAAGUGUAGCCUGCUAUACUGGGAGUGUGAGGGGUCAGAGGUCAACCUGGUGGAUGUAGACCUGGAGAGAAAUGGGUCCUACCAGCUGACUCAACUGGAGAAAAACUGCUCGUAUCAAGUCCAGUUUAUGUGUUUUAUAGGAGACAAGAAAUUCGGGGAGUCUGAAAAAAUUCUCUUUACCACAGAAUCUAGUGAGGCUGUUGUCAGCACAUUUAUGCCACAUUCCAUCUCCAAACCUCCCAGCACUGAACAAAACACAGCAGCAGACAAUGGCUCAACUCCAACCCUUUCCAGGGACAUCCUGUUAGGCUGCUUCCUGAGCCUCCUGGGCAUCGCUAUCUUAGUAUCCCUACAGAUCCUAGUCUUUCGGCACUGGAGGAGAUACAUGUAUGGCAGAAGGUUUGCCAGAAUGCGUGAUGAGGACAGGGAUGAGAUUCCCAACUUCAACAUCGGUUAAGGACACAAACCUGCAUGUACAUAUACAUGUACACAAUCUGCAUGUACAUAUCUGAUCUACCAUGCCCAUUAACACAACGUGCUGCUACCUACAACCCUACUGUCUGAAGGCAAUGUCAAAGACUACAGCUUGGAUCAACAUACCUCAAAUAACACUACAACCAUUGAAUUCUACUGGCUACAUCUACAUUCUGCAGUCUUCUGAUGCCUAAGUCCGCCAUUCUUAGCCAUAUGAAGACAAUAUGUGAUUGUCAACAUUGGAACCAUCCCACAAUAUCAUGAGUAGGCAAUGAAAAGAAACAGAUGAUCAUGAACAACAUAAGAUUAUGUGCACUUAAGACUUGAGUUGCCAAAGCUUUGUUUGCUAUAUACGUGGUUUAAUUAUGUGAACAACCAAGGAAUUGCAGUUGUGUAAUCCAUUUUUGGUAUAAAGAAAUGUAAUUACUGCUUACCUGCCAAUAACUUAAGGAGGCACAUGUAAAUUUAUGAUACAUGAAGACUAUGUUAGGCCAGUGUUUAUAUAUGGUGCUGAUAGAAAUUUAAGUUCAAAAGGAGCCAAAAUGCUGAGAAGCUAAGAUUUGAGACUUGCAUAGAUUAUCUGUUAUCAAUUGAAAAUAAUACUUGUAUAUUUUGCACUGAAGUUUCAUGCCAUUGUCACCUAAAUGUCUUGUAAUUUACAUUAUGUAAGAAAGUUUGUUUUUAAUUGUGUUGUUUUCAAUCACUUUUGUAUUAGUUUGAUCGCAAGCAUAUUUCUGUAGCUGCCAAACAAUAUGGAUAGAGCCAUUUUAAAGUAUGGUUUCAAUGUUUUAUGUAAAGCCAUCUUUUUAUUUUACCCACAACUAACAAUGCUUUUAUGAAUGUUUUUUUCAAUGUAUCAAUAGAAAGUUGUUUGAAAUGAAUGACAGGAGACCACUGAUUCUUGUGUUGGGUACACAUGACUGACAUUUUUUGUUGACUGCUCAACUGAUUUGAUUGUAAGAUAUGAUACUGGUAGGAGUCACUGACCUGCAUUGUUGUAUAGAAAACGCACAUCAUGCAUCAAAUAUAAUAUACACUGUAAAUACAAAAGCUAUGCACCAGAUUAGAAGUACUAGAAAAUGACCUGUACAAGUGUUUGAUAGCACUGUAUACAUACCAUAUCUCAUAGCAUGUACAGUAAUUCUAAGGCCAUUUGCUGUAUGUAUCUAUGUUAGCAGUUUCCUGAAUGUCUGAUUUUCCAAAGUGUGCAGUUGUCCAGGUAAACCAAAGGGGAUGGGGGUUGCUAUAUGCAAUGUUAGGCUCAAACUUGUAUAAGGUAUCUGAUUGUGCAUCUAUCAUUACAGUCAUACUAGUAGUAAGGCCCCCUCCAGUUUCCCCAUGUGUUGACAGUACGUGGCAUGUGCAUUAUGAACAUGAUCAGUUUCCACAUCAGACUUAAGGAAUUGUUUUUUUUUCAUGAUAGAUGUAUUUACUGGUGUAUGCUUCUUAGUAGUAAGAAACACUCUGUGCCUUUCCUUACCUUUUUUUCCACACUCUGUGCAUUGCCUUGUG